CUCAUAUUUGUCUCUCUGCUAGCUUCGAUCCGAUUGCAUUUGCACGUUCCUUUUAAUAAACCAGUCUCCAAUUUAGGGGUUUGAGGUUAUGGGUAGUUUACGAAUUGUAUAAAAAGUUUGAUUUUGAAGACUACAUACUUCAAUAGUUUGCUUCGAAACGCAGUAGAAGAGUGCUAUCCUUAUAGUAGAGGAUAAUUUAGUUAUGUAAUAGAGUGUAUAUACUGCAUAAUCUCUUUCCUUGCUUGUAGGAUAAAUUAAGCUGCGAUUAGUCAUUACAAAGUUUAAUUUCAAAAUGGAAUUGGUAUUGUUCUCAAUUUGUCUCUUUUUUUAUCCUUUUUUUUUAAUGUUUCCUGCUGUUGUAUUCCUAUGUGUAUUUAUAUUACUAGGCUGAUUUAUUAGCCAAAUAAGGGUGAAGUGGAUGAUAUCUGCUGUAGUUGGAAUGCUUGAAGUCUACAAUGAAAUUAACCAAUUUCGAGAAGGGUCCUGAGAUCCGAACUGGCUUUCUGAAGGAGGGAAAAGUUCAGCUGAAACAGGGUCAAGAAAUUACCAUAACUACUGACUAUGAUAUAAAGGGCGAUGAAAAACUGAUCAGUAUGAGUUAUAAAAAGCUGGCCGAAGAUGUCAAAGCAGGGAUGGUUAUACUUUGUGCAGAUGGGACGAUCUCUUUUACAGUCUUAUCAUGUGACAAAGAAAAGGGUUUGGUGCACUGUCGCUGUGAGAACUCUGCACUUCUCGGUGAGAGGAAGAAUGUUAAUCUUCCAGGGGUCAUUGUUGACCUCCCAACCCUGACAGACAAAGACAAGGAAGAUAUAUUGGAAUGGGGAAUUCCCAACCAAAUUGACAUGAUUGCUCUUUCUUUUGUUCGAAAAGGCUCAGAUUUAGUGGAGGUUCGUAAGCUGCUUGGAAAGCAUGCUAAGAAUAUUAUUCUCAUGUCGAAGGUUGAAAAUCAAGAAGGGGUGGCAAAUUUUGAUGACAUUCUUACAAAUUCAGAUGCAUUUAUGGUGGCGAGAGGUGACCUAGGAAUGGAGAUUCCAAUUGAGAAGAUAUUUCUAGCACAGAAAGUGAUGGUUUACAAGUGCAAUAUCCAAGGAAAACCCGUUGUCACUGCAACACAGAUGUUGGAAUCCAUGAUAAAGUCUCCCCGGCCAACCAGGGCUGAGGCCACUGACGUUGCCAAUGCAGUUCUUGAUGGUACAGACUGUGUGAUGUUAAGUGGUGAAACUGCAGCUGGAGCUUACCCGGAACUUGCAGUUCGAACCAUGGCCAAAAUAUGCUUAGAAGCAGAAAGCACACUUGAUUAUGGAGAUGUCUUCAAAAGGAUUAUGGAACACUCACCGGUUCCAAUGAGUCCAUUGGAAAGCCUGGCUUCUUCAGCUGUUAGAACAGCAAAUUCAGCAAAAGCAGCUCUUAUAUUGGUCUUAACCAGGGGAGGAAGUACCGCAAAAUUGGUGGCUAAGUACAGACCUGGCAUACCCAUUUUAUCCGCAGUUGUCCCUGAGAUCAAGACUGAUUCUUUCGAUUGGUCAUGCAGUGAUGAAACUCCAGCAAGGCACAGCUUAGUCUUUCGUGGUUUGAUCCCGAUUUUAUAUGCUGGAUCUGCAAGAGCUUCUCAUGAAGAGACAACAGGGGAAGCAUUGGAGUUUGCUAUUCAGCAUGCCAAGACAAAGGGUCUCUGCCAAAAUGGGGAUUCCAUUGUUGCACUGCAUCGGAUUGGAACUGCAUCUGUAAUUAAGAUCUUGAAUGUAAAGUGAAUUGACUUGGUGAUUUUCGCUUCACUUUCAGACUUUCUGUCCAUGGCACUACUUACUUUUUCAGUUUUAGAUGCAACAAACGUGAUUAACAAGAUGACUAAUAAAUAAAAUGUGCUGAUGAUUUGCGUUCUAAA